GAGAUUUAUAGAACGGUGGGGAUUCCAUUAGAAUUUACGUUAUACGUUGUGUAUUCAUGAUAGUCGAGUCAUUACAUGCGUGGAGAUAGUAGCUCUGAGAAAAGUAAUUUACUUUGAAACAGGGAGAAAAGUAAUCGACAGUUUACCUGCAAUUUGCCGAGCAAUCAAAUUCAUUCACGAAUAAUUCAAGUGUUUGCGCUGGAUUUUAAUUGUUUAUUGCAAAUCAUAUUCUGAAGACAAUGAAAGCUAGCUGUAUGAGAGAAAAAAUAACAUGAGCAAGUGGAUCGUUGGAUUCCUGAAAUUCGACAAACUAAUACAGCUCACCUCUUUUCUUUUUGAAAAAUCAUUCGUAUUCGAGUUGAUCCGCGGGAGAACAUAUUGCUGAAGAUAUGAAUAGUACGAAGAGUGAGGUAAACGCUGCGAAUAAUAGUGAAGAGAAUAAAUCACUGUUGGAGCCGUCAAAGACCGAUGUCCAAUAUCCAGCAUUGCACACACCAUCCGUCAAAGAUGUUGAUGACUUCUUCAAGGAGCUUCCACUGACUGAUGACACUUCCUGCGGUAUCUGGUGCUUUCGGGGUCCUAAUCUUCAGAGAUUUGCCAAUAAAAAAGCAUAUGUAUUUCUUUAUGGGAUCCUUGGCUGCAUCUUUUCGGCUAGUUAUGCAUAUUUUAAUGGCACCAUCACUACACUGGAGAAGAGAUUCAAAAUUCCUUCGAAAACAACGGGUAUUAUUAUGGUGGGAAAUGACAUUUCCCAACUUCUUGUAUCUGUUGUACUAUCGUAUUAUGCUGGAAGGGGGCACAGACCACGAUGGAUAGCUUUUGGAAUUUAUACUGUAGUACUCUUUUGCUGUUUAACAAUGCUUCCGCAUUUUCUGUAUGGGCCGGGUGAAGAUGCUUUACAAUUAACGAAAGAGCACGGUGGCAUGAGUCCAUCAGGCACAUCAAAUUCAACGGCACUCCUCCCAGGACAAGAUAAAGACAAGAAAUUUUUAUGUUUGACGAAGGAGCACCGUGGCACGGACUGCAUAGAGGAAAAUGGAAAUUUCGCUCCGCAGGUCAUUCUUUUCGUAGCUCAACUCGUUGCGGGAAUCGGUGGAUCUCUCUACUACACAUUAGGUGUAUCCUAUAUGGACGACAAUAUUCAAAAAUCAAAAACCCCAGCAUUGAUUAGCUUCUCCUAUUUCCUCAGAAUGUUAGGCCCAGCAAUUGGCUAUGGAUUGGCAUCAUUCGCCCUGAAAUUCUACAUCAGCCCAACACUCACCCCAACAAUUAGUACAACAGAUCCAAGAUGGUUGGGGGCAUGGUGGAUGGGUUGGAUAAUUCUAGCUGUCCUCCUGUUUAUCUUCGCGAGUGUUCUCGCGCUUUUCCCAAAAACUCUUCCUCGAGCAGCAGCAAGAAAGAUUCUCGCAUCCGAACGUGGUAAGCUGUCGUCAAGUCAGCGAGAUUUACAAGAGAAACACAAUCCUGAGGAUAUCAAGCACAAUCGAUCAGACGUACCAGCCUCGUUGGGGGACAUGCUGCGGACAUUUCGACGGCUCUUGACGAACAAUACAUUAAUGUGCAACAACCUCGCAACAGUUUUCUACUUUUUGGGCUACAUGCCAUAUUGGGUGUUCAUGCCAAAAUAUAUUGAGACUCAGUACAGACAGUCAGCUUCAGUGUCAUCCUUGAUAACAGGCACAGUUGGCCUGAUCUUCACGGCUUUUGGAAUAUUAAUUUCUGGUCUCGUUAUCUCCAAGUAUAAACCAAAAGCUAGGUACUUAGCAGCUUGGAAUAUCAUCGUUGGUGCGAUUUCAGUUAUGGGGAUGAUAUCCUACGCUUUUCUCCGAUGCUCUGCCAAUGAUAAUCAAGUCAUCAUGGCGGGUACAUCAGGAACUCAUACCUCGUGCACUGAUGAUUGCAAUUGUGAUUACGUAACGUAUAAUCCCGUGUGUUCUGAGGACGUAAGGACCUAUAUAUCAGCCUGUCAUGCUGGAUGUCGAACACUGACAGUAAACCCUGAUGGCACUAAAAAAUACUCGGACUGUGCGUGCAUCAAAUGGAGAUAUACUGAUUCAUACCGCAAUCGAGUUGAUGACAUCGUAACGAGUAAUUGGACGACCACAACUGACAGCUCAUCGAAUGUCCUCGAUUUCACAGGAUCAGCGACCUCGGGACCAUGUCCUGUCGAUUGUCAAAAUACUUUCUAUCUGUUUCUGGCUGUAGUUUGUCUUCUGAAAUUCAGUGGUGCCACUGGACGUGCCUCCAAUUUUCUAGUCUCAGUCAGAUGCGUCGAGGAGAAGGACAAAGCUGUAGCCAUGGGAUUCGGUUUAACUAUCAUGAGUCUAUUUGCUUUUAUACCAUCACCUAUUUUGUUUGGAUUGAUUUUAGACAAAACGUGCUUGAUAUGGGGAAAAACGUGCACCGGGACGGGAAAUUGCUGGUUGUACAAUGGCGAACUCCUUCGGUAUUUACUGAAUUUCACUGCUGCAAGUUUCGUCACUAUUGGAACGAUAUUCGACAUCGGAGUUUGGUAUUUCGUCAAAGAUGUCAAAAUAUUCGACGACGAUGUUGAGUUAGAAAAGGUAACGGAUAAGAGUGAAGACAGUCAACUUGAUAAUCGGAAAUGAAAGACGUCAAGUCCUUCAUCUUAAUUUAUGAAUGGAAGAUAUUUCUCGUCGGAAGUGAUUUCCUGUAAAAUUUAUCUCGACGAUGAAGCUCUCUGCUUCAAUUAUCAAGCUCAAGCAAUAAAAGAAGGCUUCAAGACUUCAAGCACACUUUCAGCAUAUAUUUGUGAACAAUCUGGAUGCGAGUAGCUGAGAAAAGAUUUUUUGUUUACUGAGAUAGUGAUACCUUUCUUCAUGAAUAAACAAUGUUUCCAAGUA